AUGGAAAUAUUUAAAGCUCAUUCAGUUAUUUUGCGUGCUAGGUCAUACUAUUUUCGUUCUGCAUUUUCUUCAAAUUGGGCUAAAAAAGAAGGAGAUUUUUAUAUAUUUAAAAAACCAAAUGUAACACCAAUUGUAUUUAAAAUCAUAUUAAAAUAUAUUUACACUGGAACAGUUGUUAAUGUAGAAAAUAAUUUUAUUGAAUAA